UUCUCUUUUCAUCCUCAGAAGGCAGAGUCUGUGUGGACGGGCCCAGGGGCUGCACAGCUCCAGUGCUCUCUCUGCUUCUAACGUGUGCUGAGCCCUGCUCUGCUCUGCUGUGCGCUCCACUACGCUCUGCGCUGCUAGCCUGUGUGACUGGCUGUCUGCGCUCCGCUGAGAAAGAGAGAGAGAAAGGGAGAGCAACUACUACUGCUACAGAUGUGAGGCUUUCCCCAGUGCUGACUAUACUAUACCGCUCCUGAGGACUCCCAGAUGAUAAACUGACAGAUUGGUGGUCCACGAUGAGAGCGGAGAGAUAAUCGCACAGAGAGCCGCCCUCCCAUCCCUGCCGUUUGUGCCAAUGGAAGCAGCGUAUUGAUCUAUACUCCCAGACUCAUCAUGCCUCUGCCUCCCAGAUAGCAUCUCUGAGGACCAGGCCUGCCCAGCAAGCCUCGCCUGCACCAUGGCAGGAGAGACUCAGCACACGUACGCUGUCAAAAAGCUGGACGCUGAGUUCAAACUGCAGGAUGAGGGUACUGCACUGGAGCAGUACAGUAGCAGUGAGAAAGCCACAAAAGAGUCUUCAGAGCACUUCUCAAGUUCGGACGUGGAGGAGCGGACAAUCAGCAGAGGGGCCAAGUUUGUAGACAAGGACAGAGACUAUACUCAGCAGCGCGAGGCUGUGAUCCGACCUCAGCAGGCGGGGAAAAUAGACUUCAAGUCACUGCAGAACCGGCCUAAGUUUGCCAGCAACAGGACGUGGCCCAGUGGCAAAGGCAGCCCCCAAUCCCCCAGCGGAAAGAACCGGAGCCGAGACAAGGGCAAGCGGUCAGGGAAGUCGGAGCGCGGUAACCCACAGCAGCUAUACAGACUCAGCAUCAUCAACCCACGCUCUAACCCUACAAUCGGCAUCGCCUACCCACAGCAGAAGGUCUCGCCACCCAAGAAGCUGGAGGCCAGUCGAGUCCCUGUGUCGGGCAGCUACAGGUUCCACGUGCCCAGUAUACCAGAGCGAGAGGCCGAGCUGCAGCAGGAGGAGCUUAACUACAGCCGCUGCUUCCAGGAGAGCUCCUCCAAUCUCACCUCCCCAAGCUAUACCUCACAGGCACUGGGAACCACAGGUGGGACAUCCACCCACCAGCAGCCACCUCAGCAGCAGCAGCAACCAGGCCCAAUGGAGAACAAUAAUAACACACAGCCAAGCGGCCAGCUGCUCUUCCCAGACUUUCAGUUGAGUGGCUCCAAUGACUGGUCUCCAGAGAGGACUUUUAAUGGUUCUAACUAUGGGAUUUCCUCACAAAAAUCCACAGUUCUCUCUGAGGUGAACAAGGGAAAUGGCAGCUUUCUGCCAUUUCAGUACGGAUACCUCUUAUUGGAAGACUCAAACCCAGACCCUUUUCCCUGUGAUCAGAACCCCCAAUCCCAGGACUAUAUAGACUCCUCUUUGACUGCUGCCCAGGUGACUCUUAACUCUUUUACCUUUCAGACAUCUGGGGAGGGGCAGGAGGGGGUUCAGAAUAACACUCAAUUCAACAGUGACCAGCGACAGGACAGGUCUUCCUACCCCCAUCCUCCACAGCCACCACAGUACCUGCAAGCACCACAAGGGGCCGCAUCCUCUAUGCACUGCACCAGGGGCCUGAGUGAGGACUCAGCUAGUAGUGAGAGCUCUGGCUCUAUCUCCCAGCAGUCAGAUCAGGGUAAGAGUUCCCUGCCAGAUAGCACGGACACUUUCAUCCAGGCAGACAAUCGGGAUGUAGCCCUCACUUCAGGGAUCAAGAGGAGUUGCCACCCCAAAGACAGUGCUGCUGCCAGCCAGAGAACACACAUUCAAGCCAGUGUACAACAUGCCAGAAAUAUUGCACAAGGUCCAAACUCCCAAAGGCACUUUUCAAACAAAGCCUACAACAGCAGCCCUCCCCUCAAUAGCAUCCACAUGAGCUCAGUGCCUUUUGACAAAAGCGUCAACACCAAGCCUCAUAGUAGGUUACCACACUCAUGGGAGGGACCAAAUAAGACCUUUUCACCAGCAGACCAAAACACUAUGGCUUAUCCUAAUAUGAAUGAUAAGUUUCAGAACCAACCAGCCGUCGAUCAAAGGCCAAACACAUCCAAAAGCAGUAGGAUGCCAUGGCAGCAGAUACGCCUAACUUCUGUCAUGCCAAACCAAAACAGGAUCGAGUUGUCUAGGCAACAAAGCAACCAAAAGCUCACUUUUUUGGUAGCACCCUCUGACUGGCAGGAUGACACUAAAUCACAUAAGAAUGGCUCACUGAAAAGCCCCAGCUCCUUCCAAAUCAAUAGACCUAGUGAAGGUCUAUCAAACCCAAGGCAAGAGAGUGUCAAACAGGGCUGCAGUACAAUACCACAUUUUAAAGUUGAGACAAGUCACGCACAGGUCUGUGAGUCCAAGAAUAAGCCUAUAUAUUUUGGAAUGAACCAAUCAGUACCUGGGGCAUCAUCAAGUACAUAUGGAUAUCCACCAUUACAGGUCCCACCAAUGGGACUUAUGAUGGUGUCACCAUAUGACUCUCCCUCGCCCUCCCCAAUCCAUAACCCAGCCUCUAGCAGCACAUGUUCCUCACUCUCCCCAGCCUCAACAAGCCCUGUCAACCUCUCUGAGGACAGUCAGAUAUCAAAGACUGGGCAUCCCCCUCCAUUUUAUCACCAGCACCAACUGAAGGCACAAGGACCCACAGAUCACCUCAGCACUAACUCUCACCAUUUCCACUCAGACGCCUCCCGUAAUCUGCCUUACGCCCCAGAGAGGGAAAAAGAUGACAUGAUGAGCUACCUGCAGAAUAACGAACAUCAAAAGCCUAGUAUGGAAGGCAACAAGGGCUAUAUGGAGGGCUUUGGGGUGGAGCACCACCCACCUCCACCACCAUACUCUGCACAUCAACUGUUAGCCACGUCUUUAGCCACGGCAAACCUUGACCAACUGGAUGUGCUUCUCACGUGCAAGCAGUGUGAUCAGAACUUCACUAACCUGGCCUCAUUCCUUGGCCAUAAGCAGUACUGUGGACAGCAUGCAUUUUCACAGAAAGUGGAUGACACCAGAACAACUACAGGAAGUUCAACACAGUUUCACAAUGACAUGACAAAAGAUCCAUCCUCUGGGACCAGUUUAUGUCAACGUGUCUCCAUGCCAAGGUGUCCAACUGACCUUCACCUGUCUCUGCUGGGGCUCAAUAAGAAUGGAGAGCUGAUGUCUGACAGCGAAACAAAAGGAGAUUCUAAGGAUGACCCCAUGAAACUUAACCUGUUCACUGGGGCAGGUAACCUUCCUGUCUCUCUUCCUGACUUGGAGAUGGAGGAUGCAAAAUUAGAUAGCCUAAUCACUGAAGCUCUAAAUGGACUGGGCUAUCAGUCAGACAAUGCAGAGAUUGACAGCAGCUUCAUUGAUGCAUUCGCAGAUGAUGAUCCCACCACUGUCAAAGUAUCGUCAAACAGGCAGACUCUGAAAACCAAAGACUCAAUGGUCUUUGAGGGCAAAAGCAAACAAUCUACUGAAAAUGAUAGGUCUUUGACACAAGGAAAAUAUCUUUAUGACUCAGACAAAGCGAGCCUUCAGACAGACAACAACCACACAGGAAGCAAACUUGAGAAGACCACUCUGAAUAUUGAGCAGGAUGAGAAAAUCAACAUCAAAAAAGAACUCUCUCAUAUAAAUUCAAGGAUUGCCUCAGGGGAGAAACCAAGGGAGCAAGAAAAUAAAGUGAAAGAUAUAAGAAAGCUGUGCAAGAGUGAAAAGGAAAACACUAACACUCCAAGGUUCCUCUUAUCCAGCACCUUUUCAGAACGUUGUGGAGUUCGAAGCCUCCGGGAUAGUUCUUUGUUGAGUGGCUCAACCUCUUCCCAAGUCACCUCUGCAAACAGGAGUUCCCCAACCCCAAGGAUUGCAGCAAGGGAGAAUAAAAGGAAAAGGACCGGUGCCGGUACCUGGAGCAAAGAACUCAUCCACAAAAUAGUUCAACAGAAAAACAAGUUACACAAGCUCCAUGUAAAAGGCACCAAAAACCUCCAGUUCUCACUGGUGAUGGAGAGAUUGACGCCCACAGUGCCAAACCCUACAUUUGGGGAGUACGACUAUGUCUCAGACUCAGAUGACGAGUCUGAGCCUGUGAAGAUAGCAAGCCAAGGUCGCCUGAGCCAAAGCAGCCGCUGCAAGUACACCUACACAAAGGAGUGCAAAUGGAGGGCUAGGAGUGACAGGGACAGUGCAGCAUGGAGGCACGAGUCAAAAGAGUGCUUUGAGGUAAAGAAAGCUGAAGAUGUCUCCUUGUCUCUAGAGAAACCUGGCUCUCACCAGAGACUUCGAAGGAGAGGCAGCAGGUCAUCCACUAGCAGUGAAGUCAGCACGUCUGUGAGUAUCUCCAGCGAUGGCAUCAACAGCCCCAAAAGCACUGACCGCACAGACUCAGACUGUGAGAAAAGGGUGGAGAUCAGGAGGAAAGACUCUUCAGAGCAGAGAACCUACGAGCGAUCUCCACAAAAGUUAUGCAAAGAGUCUAGCACACAACUAGCACUGACAUUCACCAAAUCUACUCAGAGGUAUAGCGCUGAUAAGACUUUCCUCUCUACUAAUAAAGACACGUCAAUGGCCUUAAGUAUCACUAACUUGAACAUUGAAGAUGUUGAUCCAGUAUCAGGGCUACUAAAGGUGGGGAGUGCAGUGAAAACCCUUGAGAAAUGCAGAAGCACAGAUGUGUCCUCAAGGGAGAAGGAUGACUCAUUUAGCAGAGAAACUGAAACGAAAGCAAGUUCAGACAAAAACACACCACUGAGAACAGACGUCAAGAUCUCCAAAGGGGAAUCAAUACAUUUUCAGUCUAUUAGUUCUGAUCUGAAAUCACAUCAGCUUCAAUCAGCAAAUCCUGCCACAAACAACAUGGAAGCACAUUCUUAUAAUACAUUCAAAAAAGAUGAAACCAUCUCAAAGGAAAAAUCUGUACACAAAAGACGAGAAAGCGUGGGAUGUCAAUCUAUACAGCCGCAUACAAAGCUAUCAGACAUUUCUAUGUUUGACAAACACAAUGAGAGUGUCUAUCCAAUGAAAGAUCCAAUGACUUUCACUCAUGACUUAGUCCCCAAGUCCACACCUCUUUGCAGUGCACUCAUGAACAAAGUGUGCCUGUCUCCAACUGAACUUCAGGAGCCUCUGACACAGAAAGAUUCAUCAGAUCUGAUCCCAUACCCCCUAGAGCAGGACCAGAGUCUUAUGAAGUCUCCUCUCUCAUUUGACACAUCGUCAAUGUUCGGGGACCUCUCAGUGGCAGGAUUUGAAAAUGGCCUCUACACUGACAUUCCAUUGCACAAAGAAGGUUUCAACUCCUUAAAUACCACCAAUGACAAAAAGGAGGUGUUUAGCUCAUCAUCCUUUCUUUCUCCUUUCUUGGAUCAGAGGGACUGGGGCCUUAUGGUCGAUGUCAGCCCCAUGUUACCGGAUGAGAUAUCCCAAUACAAAGACGGUUCUGAUAAAUUAAAUGAAAAGAAAUCAGAUUACAAUCAUGUUCCUUUGUCUCUGCCAGACAAAAUAAUAGACUACAGUACAAAUCUCAACAGCUGUGUGUCAGAAGAUGAGCUAGAGAUAAAGAGGAUUGUGACCGAGUUGGAAAAUCAGCUCCAGACAGCCAAGCUGAGUCCACCACUGCUUACUGAGGAGUCCCCAAAGCAGCUGAAGAUGAGCAGAUUCUCCCCUCUGCGUCUGGACGACGAAUCUGAGAAUGAAGACACUGGUCUAGAUAUGGGCUGCCCUGUGCAAAGCAUGGCGCUGGCAGUGUCCAUUAUGCCAUCUGACCCACAUUCAGAGUCCUUUGCUGAGCAUAGUCUACCAUGGUCCAGUCCAUUUGAGUUUGAGUUGAUGGAGGGACAGCAUACUCCAACCCAUGAUGAACCCAUUGUCCUUGAACAAUUUAGCAAGAAGGAUGACCGUGAACACAGUAUGACAACCACAACCUCAAAUACAGAGAAAGUGAAAGAGCAACUGAAACAGGAGGACCACAGAGAUGAAGACAUGGAUGUUGACAAGAGAACUGACAUAGAGAAAUCUGAGGAGAUUCUAGAGAGUAAGACCUAUGCCGAAAACCUGAUGAAAAGCCUGGAAGUGAUAUCAGAUUCCAUUUUCAAAAAUGAUCCCAUAACACCUGAAGAGGAGGAGCCAAACCUCACCUCACGUAAGAGCCCAGCACACUUACACAGUGAAAGCCAAACUCCAUCUGCUGAUGCUGCUGAAAGCAGAGAUCAUAAUGAAAUGGUGAUUCCUGAUGACGCGAAUAUUAAAUCCACACACUUUAAGUCACAGCCUCCUCUCGCUGAAAAAACAGAGCUCCCAUCUGAUGUAAAAGAGAUUGUUUCACUCCAGCCAACUGAGUCUCUACCUAACAACGACAGUGGGUCAGAAUUCAAAGACAUCCCAAUCAUGAGCAAUGUCACUGAAGACAAUAGUGUUAUAGAAACUGAUUAUUGCUCAAACACUGAAAUGGAUAAUCAACCAAUGGCUGAGGAGACCUGUGAGAACCAGAAGCUAGAGGACUAUGGGGAUGAAAUCCUUGAAGCCAAAAGUGCCCUCCCAGAUCAUACAGAGCGUCUAGAUACUACCAUUGAUGAGCAUACAGAUCUUCUAAAUACUUCCAUUGAUGAGCAUACAGAGCUUCUAAAUACUUCCAUUGAUGAGCAUACAGAGCUUCUAGAUAGUACCAUUGAUGAGCAUACAGAGCUUCUAGAUACUUCCAUUGAUGAGCAUACAGAGCUUCUGAAUACUUCCAUUGAUGAGCAUACAGAGCUUCUGAAUACUUCCAUUGAUGAGCAUACAGAGCUUCUAGAUACUACCAUUGAUGAGCAUACAGAGCUUCUAGAUACUACCAUUGACGAGCACACAGAGCUUCUAGAUACUACCAUUGAUGAACAUACAGAGCUUCUAGAUAUUACCAUUGAUGAGCACACAGAGCUUCUAGAUACUACCAUUGUUGAGCAUCAGGAGCCAGUGGAGGACAUCAGUCUCAAUGCUAAGUCUGUGAGCCAGCCCUCCAAUGGGUCCAACCUAGCAGAGCAGGAAAUGGAUGUCAACUUGGAUAAUAAGCCUGAAGAGGUAGAACAUGCAUCUGAGGAACAAUCCAUAUACGUCCAAAGUAACUGUAAGAGUGUAUGUCCCUCACCAUCUGCAAAUGAACAGACGGAGAUCAGUUCAACAUGUGUAAUGAAGGAAGACAACAUUGAAUCCAAAAGUACAAUACAGAACAAAGUGAUAAGUCAUACAGUUUCUCUGAGGUGUAGCCCCCCUGUGAAUGAUAUUGCCAAUCAAUCAACCCAUGUCUUCAUGGAGACUGUCGCAGUUAAGCCUUGCAGUCCACUGUUGAUGGAAACCAAUACAGAACAUGCUAGCCACACAUCACCCUUUUCCAACAUUGACUCAGAUGAUGAAAGCACCAUGUUGGUCAUUGCUGAGUGUGACAGUGACCUUGAUGCACACAUGGAACAUACACCUGAGGACAAAGAAACAGAAAUGGAACCUGAAUGUGAGGCUAACCAUAGACAAAGAGAAACGAUUCCAGAAGUUGAACACAUCCAGGAACAAGUUCCCUUACAUCUCAUGGCAUCUCCCCAGCACUCACCAUGCAAAGAGGAUUUGCAGAUGGACGAAAGGCUGGAUAUUAUUCCAGAGGAUGCUCCUCCAUCCAGUCCUGUUCUACCAGCUUCUCCACACACACCUGUGGACAACCCUAACACACAAGAACAAGAACAUUCACAGCCAAUCACAUGCAAUAAUAUAGAUACUAUCCCAGCCUCAACCCAAUCUCCCAAGGAGGAAAAUUGUGACAACACAAAUGCCAAAGAAGCACUGCAUAUUGAUGACUCAUUGACCAUAACAGCUGAGAUGGAGUACUCUUUAGUAAGUCCUCCUCAACUGGACUUGGGAAUCACAGACAGUAAAAUAUGUAGCACUGAAGCCUGCAUUCCCUCUCCUCUACCCUUGACCAUUGCAACAGAGGAAUCUGAGGCAAUGGAGGCCCUUACGAAGAGAGUCUCCGUAUCACUGUAUGAUUUCAAACUAAGCCCACUGAACUACAAUUACAUUCCAGAUGAGCCUCCACAACUGAGUCAGUUUGAUUACACUCCUAUCUCCCCAGCCAAUGUGGAUGAGGAGGAACCAGCCAUCAAGCAGAGCCCGAAGGAUGACUGUGAACCUUGUGAUCGCAGUGAUGACACGACAUUGACAUCAGACAAAAGACUGUGUGACAUAGAGACAGAGGUACCUAUGAGUCCAGACCAUACAGCCAAGCUAAGUCCACCAGAUGAAUCUUUGAACAAGAGCAACAUCCAAAAUUACAUAAAAUGUCCAUCCAUUUUACUGGGUCUCCCUUCUCAGAGCACUGCUCCGUCCACUGGCGAUUUGGACAUUUGCCCAGCUCCCCUUCAAACGAUUGAUUAUUUGGACUUACAUGUUGACUUGCUGAAGAGAGUGGAUCCAGAGGCCUUGGAUAUUUAUAAGGUCCCUAGUGAGCUGAACACCCUUGCUUUUAUAAAGGACAUCUCAGAUAAUCAGCACACGCCCAAACCACUGAUCAUCUGUGAGAAUGAGCCAACCCCAUUACCAUCAGACCAAACACAAUCACCAACAGUUGAGGAAGGUCAGUGCUCAGUAACCUACCAGCAAGAGGAAGAAACCACCCAGAAAAAGAUACAUCUGUGUGAGAUAUGCUCAAUGUGUUUCCGGACAGUGCCAGGAUUGAAGAGACACAAGGCCAUGAAACAUUUGAUCAGGACUGAAAGAAGCCCACAUUUGGAAAAUGCAAAUCAUCAAGGGAGUCUACACAGUUACCAAACAUCCCAGUCUAUAGAAACAGAACAUGAAGAUGAUCUAGAGCUCCUGGUUCCACAGACCUGUUUGCAAACAGAAAGCAAUGAGGUUUCUGAGAAUCACUGUCAUGAGACAAGUAAUAGCUCCUUCGUAACCAAACAAGGAGAAACUAAUUUUAUCCUGGAGAACAUCACAAGUGAAACAAAUAUGGCAGUGCCAGCUGAUGACAUAGUCCAGCAAAUGCCUCCUCAGUUUACAAAAGUGAAGAAAAUCUACAAACCACGGAAGAACAGAAACAAGGAAGUGAAUGUGAAGCCUGACCCAUUCUCUGACGAGCUUCUCAAUAUAUUGAAAACAGACAUAUUACAGGCAAUUACUCCUGAAUUCCAAACCCAGGUAAAGCAAGGAUGCGGCAAGUCACCUGAGAAACAAGACAUAAUCAAUUAUCUUGUAAAACACAAAGUUAAAGAGCAGGAGGAAGUCCCAUUUACUGUAACAAGUAACAGUGGCAUUGAACAGAUUCCAAUGUCUCCAAUAGAGCUUACAGAUCUGGCUAUGGACUUGACUCAAAGCAAAAAUGAUACAGAAGAGGUGAAAAGCACAAAUCUGCCAGAGAUCAUCAAUGGAGUAGCGGAAGUUAGUAUGGAAGUAUCUGUAAGUAAGGAUAUUAGUAGAGGGUAUGAUAUGUCUCGAGAGAAUUUGCAUGACACAAAAGAGGCAUGUGAGCAACAAACUAAAGAUGAGAGUAAUGCCAAAGAGAUACUGGGAGAGGUUGCAGUAAAGAUUGAAUGUGAGAAAAACAGUGGCCCGACAGAUGAGGUGGAUAAUCUCUCCUGUUUUAAAUCUUCUCUUGCAAGCCCUCCUAGACUAAGUUCUGAUUUGAAUGUUUUUCUUGAUGACGAAAGCACAUUCUCCCAGUUAUUCCCCACUAGAAAUGAGGAGCUAAAAAGGAAAAAAUUUGCAAAGGUUUAUGGUAAGAAGAACAAGAAGCAGAAACUAUCAACCGAUUCACCAUUAGUUCAAGACUAUCCUCCUCCUGACCUAUAUCUCGAAAAGAAAGAUGACUAUACCGAAAAUCAGAUAGACCAAACAUUUGUCAACAAUCAAAAUGACCCUUGUGAAUAUGAAACAAUAUCCAUUGACGAUGCUAUCAUGUUGAACAUGUGUCAUAAUAGCACAUUAAAGAGUGAUUCCAAAAAAGUAUGUAGCAUGAAAGGAGACACAACAGACCACAAAGACAAUCAUGAGAAUGAUGUGGACCAUGGCAGUGAUUUCCUAUGCCAACCUGAGAGCACUAUUGACAAAGCAUCAUUGGCAUGGAGUGCCUCCAACGACUCUGUUACAGAUACUGGGAUCUCCUCUGACCCAACUUCCUGUAAAGCAGAAGCCCCAAACCCACCAUGUCCACUUCCUAUUAUAGCCUCUUCUGCACCUUAUCCUGGAGAGUCAUGUGCUACAGACAACGUGUCUCCUUUCCACAGCAUUGACAUCCCAAACCUCAAUACCACAUUCCAGCUACCCGAAAUGCAAUUAUUUGACUCCAACAAGGACAUCUCAUUAGUAAGACCCAUUGGCACUGAUUAUGCGGAGACCAGAGACACUGCAAAGGCCAAGAAGCUCACAGAACGCAGGGGAAGGAAACGACAAGAGGGCAGCGUAAAGAUCAAGGACAAACAGUACAAGUGCAAGGUGUGCUUCACCUGGUUCCUUACCCUGGGGGAGCUCAACUUCCACAAGUUAUCCCACAACCCCUCUCCACCUCCCACCUGCUACAUGUGCGUCCAGCGCAAGUUCAGCUCCCGGGAGCAGCUGAGGGACCACCUGAGGGAGAAACACGCCAAGAACAAGGCCGGAUUCUGGACCUGUGGCAUGUGCCUGAAGGAGAUAUCAGACGUGUGGAUGUACAAUGAGCACUUAAGGGAGCAUGCCACGCAGUUUGCCCGCAAGGGCCAGUCACACAGCGCUAUCCUGGGGAGUCUGCCGGGCUCUGGCAUGCAGGAGUCAGCCGUGAAGAACUUCAUCACCUCCAUCAUGCAACGCCGCCCCAGCAAGGCCAGCAGAGAGUCCAGUAAGGUCUCCAACAAGGAGAAACUAGCCGUAGUAGAAAACACAGAGCAGGAGGUGAAAACUACCGAGGUAGCUCAGCCCAAAGUUGUCAAGCCUAAAGGGAACAGUGAAAAAGUGGGGAAACCGAGCACGCUGACACCAGUUGAGGUUCUGCACAAUACAGAGCCAGUGCCAAAGAAUGUGGAGAUGCACCCCAACUGUAAAGACCCCUCGAGAGACUGCCAUCACUGUGGCAAGCAGUUCCCCAAACCCUUCAAGCUUCAGAGGCAUCUGGUUGUGCACAACUUAAACAAGAUUUUUCUGUGCCACAAAUGCCCAGUGACCUACCAGGAGCCACAGGACCUAAAAUAUCAUCUGAAGAAUGAGCAUGAGGAGGUGGAUGAGCUUGACUCAAAGCAUACCACCCUCUACACCUGUGAGCUGUGUGCAGAUGUCAUGCAUGUGAUCAAGAAAUCUUUCAUCUGCAGCACCUGUAACUAUACCUUCUCUAAGAAAGAGCAGUUUGACCGACACAUGGAAAAGCACUUGUCAGGAGGGAAUAAGAUCUUCAAGUUCAGAGGAGUUCUCAGACCUAUCAAGACAUCUCCCUCCAAAGAGAACGAUGAGUGUGAAUUGCCAGCUAACAAAAAGAGAAGAAUCCUUACUGACAGUCUACAAGAGAACAGCUCUGACAGUGGCAUCGCCAGCAUAGCCUCACUGCACUUAAAUAAGAGUGCUGAGAUGCCAGUUCUGAAACUCUCUGUACACACAACAGAGGACUCGACACAGACCAGUGCAGGUGAAUAUCACACUGAAAAUUAUGCCAGUGUGAAGACGGAGGACAUGGCUGAGGACUACUCUGACAUGCUGGUAGAGCUGGAGCAUUGUACGUUUCACCUGGGCUCUGAAGGUCUCUCAACUGCUACACCCAAAACAGAGGACAUUGAUCCCAGUCCUUCACCUAAGCUGCCUGUUAGAGACAUUAGUGAGGCCGAUGGCAAAUCAUUCACAGAGCCAUGUGAUGUGAAGGAAGAGCAUGAUCCACUUGAGAGCAGUAUAGCUGAAAAAGAAAGGGAGUGCUUUGCCAAUGAUAAGCAGAGCACUCCUGAGAGCAGCAUACAGACUACCACAGCAGAAGCUGAAAAGAAGAAGAUACAGAGGAGAGAUUCCACGGCAUCGGAUGAGGAGUUGUAUGUUAGUUUCCGUGAAAACCUGAUCAACAGCUCAAUGACACCCGAUACACAUGAUAUCCACCGUCCUCCUACAAAGCAUAAAUCAUCUACCAUUGUGAUGGACCAAAUGAGGGAGGGUGAGCUGGGGCAACAGACAACCAGCCCUCACAGCCAUGACAACAAGCAGAAUGACAAAACCUCCACACCCAAGCCCAGUGAAAACACUAAACACAGCUCCAACAACAGCCCCAGGGCCAUGGAGUCAACACCAGUCCACCACACUAAGAUCACUUCCCAGGGCCCGCCAUCCAAUGAGGACAAAGACUCUGUGAGAAGAGAACAGAAGAAGAGGAAAGAGAUGAGGACACCUCACAGUUUACAGAGGGUCUCCUCGUCUGCCACACGGGAGAACCUUGCUGCCGACAUCAAGACCAAAAAUAGGUUCCGUCUCAGCAAGUGCGAGAGUCCGGCAGUUCACAGGAAAUCGGACGGCUCCAGCGAAUACCCGGUGCUCUCUUCAGUGAAAGAAGAUGUGGUCAGCAACAAAAUAGUCUCCAAGCACAAAACAUCAGGGAGUCUAGGCCUUCAAGCAAAGAGAAGCUCCCUCGAUAACUGCACGCCAAGGAAAGCAGAGAUGGUGCAUCAUAUUAAUGGGGAUUACAAAGCCAAAAAAGGGCCUCUUGGACGGCCUCUUCAUUACCCAGUUUCUAAAGCGUCAGCGCUUCCUAUGAACAAUUCCUUGAAUAAGUCUAGGCCAAAGACAGGGGUGAGGUCCAUGGAGAGCCACUCCUAUAGGACAGCAGAGUCACAGAACAACCUCCUGAGCCAGCUGUUUGGCCAAAAGCUCACCAGCUUUAAGAUUCCUUUGAGGAAGGACACUUCAGAACCAAUAAACUGAUUGUGGGAAGGAUCUGUGGGAUAGAAAACAAAGAGACUGAAUAGUUGUUCACGUUAUUGAUGAUCAAGACAAUUCAUGACCAUGAAUGAGAUUGCAUGGCUCUCUGUGAAAUGUUUGUCUAAAUACUUAUGUUGUCACUUUAUGUCUUCUUCUCUUGUAAAUGUGUUAUUACACAAAUGUGAGGAAUAAUGGCAGAGAUUAUUUUAAUAAUCUAGAAUGAAAAUGCUAGUAGGGCAAAUCAUUGACUAAUUCCUGCUAUUCUUAGGUUGAACAUUAUCUUUUUCAGAGACUAUAUUUCAUUAAAAAAAUACAAAAAGAAUACUUGAAAAUAAAACAGAUUUUUUUUUUUUUUACAACUAAUGCAUGUCAGUUUCACAAUCAAAAAGUGUUCAUAGAGAAUAUAGCUUUUUUUAAUGCAACAGGACCAAAUGACAUCCCAACGGACUUGGACUAUGUCAGUGCACCUUUUGUAUAUGCUUCUCCAAAAAUUACUCUUUUUGUAUUUUUACCUUACUGUACUUCAUUGGCAUUCAUUAUAUUAGCUUUGUAUAAACAUUAACUGGUGCUAUGUUAUUCUUUAUUGUAAUGUGAACGCCAAUGUCCUCUAACUGAAGGGAACAUGAGAUCUGUAGCAGUUGAUUUCAUCCAACCGUUUAUGCUGGUUCUCUGUAGUUUCUUUUAAAAAAUUGUAGAAAAAGACUGUAAAAUCUCCUCCAACAAAGUAUUCAUCUGUACGUCCUUAGGAAAGAAAAUUAGGAAAGCUUGCAUCUGUACAAACUCAGGUGCAUCCAAGGACUAUUCACAGUCCUGAGACCUGUUUUAGGAGAUUCUCCCAUGCACUGAUAUUACCACACACAAAACACACACUCAGUCCUCCAUGUCUGUCCUCCAACUGUUUAAUUAUGAAUAUUAUUUACUAAGACAAAAAAGGUGCUUUAUCUUGUUUAUUUGUAUCUUAUAUUGUAUUAUAUUGUAGGUAGAUGAUUUCCUGGUGCAAUGCUCAAUGUCAAAGUUUUAUUUUAAUAAUGUGCAACAGAAUCAGAGAGAUAGAGAGAGAGAGCGAAAUAGAGAGAGAGAAAAUACAUGGAAAUGCAAUGCCUCUUGUAUUGUAAAGUGGUUCACUUAGUGCCUCUUUUAAAGUUGGUUAUUAAAAAUAUGCAUUGGUUUCUC